GUACAGCUAAUCGUUUCGUAAAAACCUUUGGGACAUUUUUGACGUUCCAUCUUCUUUUUGUCAUUUAAACCCCCAAAAUAUGAACGGGGGGAGUGAUCGCCGUUAGCUAAUUUAAAACCAAGUAACAAAUCAAACCCCAAACUUGAAAAACGACAUCUCGAUUCCACACAGCUGGUAGAAGUGAUUGGACACUCGUCGUAGUAACAGACUGGUGUUGUAAAGUUUAAAUUACAUUUUUUAACACCUUCCAUCAGCUUUUAUUCAACCCCCGCAAAGUAGACAAGCUAACUAACUAGCAGCUAGCUAGACAGCUAACUGGCUGACGCGGAGGCAGCAAAAAGCUAAAGAAAAUAACAAGACUUUGUUGUGGAUAUUUUUAUUUUUUUCAAAAUUACCUUCAUCUCUCUUUUGGUGAUGGCGGCUGACGGGGAAAUGAGGUGGACAACAACUAUCAUCAUUAGCACGUCACUGCAGAGCCAUGAAACCAUCCGGAUGCUCCGAGCUCAACAGCACAGAAUCCGACUGUCAGACAGUGUGGAGUCUGGCUCUUUCAUUUUUCCUCUGUCUGGUACUGCUUUCAAACUGGUGGAGCCUGAAAAUGUCAGAGAUGAGCCGGGCCUUAUCGAGCAAAUCCAAAAAUUUGUGCGGGUCCACCGCAAUAGUUUUGUGCUGCUGUAUGCUCCUUUCAACGGCAAACGACAACUGGACAUGCUCUCACUCAUCCAAGAAAAAUUCUUCAGCAGUAAUCUCCGCAUCUUGCCUGUGCGAAACAACAGCGAAAUUCUCAAAGGAAUGCUGACCAUUGCAAAGGCCACGAGCCAGCCUCACGUGGAACGCAUCCGGCACAGGAUGUCUCUGGCCAAAACUCACAUCGUCGAGAGAAGCCCCGUGUGGGACAUGCUUAAGAAGCUCAGCUAAUCACCAAUGUGUGUCAAAACAUUUGACGCUUUUUUUGUUCAUUCAAACAAAAUAAAGCGCUGGCGUCGA